AUAAAAAACAAGCAGGGUGUUGUGGCUCCAGCAUGUGCGGCGAGUCCCAGGUGAGCAAAACAAAGUAACCCCAGCAGCAGUAUGUCGGUGGACAGCGUGUUCAGGACCCGCUCGCUCGGUGUGGCCGCCGAGGGGCUGCCGGACCAGUACGCCGACGGCAAGGCGGCCAAAGUCUGGCAGUUGUACAUCGGCAACACACAGAGCCGCACCGCCGAGUACAAGAGCUGGUUGGUGGCCCUGUUGAGGGAGCGGGGCGCCCGCACCGUGCUGGACGUCGCCUGCGGAACUGGCGUGGACUCUAUCAUGUUGGUGGAGGAGGGCUUCAACGUGAUGAGUGUGGAUGCCAGCGACAAAAUGCUGAAGUAUGCGCUGAAGACCCGGUGGGAGAGAAGAAAAGAACAAGCAUUUGACAAUUGGGUGAUCGAAGAAGCCAACUGGUUGACACUACCAGAAGACAUCCACAAAGGGGACGGUUUUGAUGCCGUUAUUUGCCUGGGCAACUCCUUUGCCCACUUACCAGACUUCAAAGGGGAUCAGAGUGACCACAAGUUGGCGCUCCAGAACAUUGCGAGUAUGGUCAAGCCCGGUGGGAUCCUCAUCAUUGACCACCGUAACUACGACUACAUCUUGGAGACUGGCCGAGCUCCGCAAGGCAAAAAUAUUUACUACCAGAGCGAUCUCACACAAGACAUAUCCACCUCUGUGCUGUGGGUCAACAGUAAGCCCCACAUGAUCACUCUGGACUACACCCUCCAAGUGCCCCAGGCCAGCCCCCAGGGCCCGCCGGAGGUCAGCAAGUUCCGUCUGUCCUACUACCCGCACCGCCUGAGCCGCUUCAAAGAGCUGCUGCAGGCCGCCUUCCAAGACCAGGUGGAGCACCAGGUCUACGGAGACUUCCAGGUCUACGUCCCCGGUCAGACCAAAGCUCCCUGCUACUUUGUCCAUGUUUGCAAGAAGAAGGCCUGAGUCCAGUCCGGUCCAGUCCCCCAAAUUGUCUUUAAUUCCAUAAUUUGGAUGACUUUUUAUUUCCAUGACAAAUAUGAUUGUCACUUUUAGAGUAAUAUAUGGGAUUAGUGUUUUCAACUGAAGACAAGAAUCAUAUUGUUGUUGUUUUCUUCAGCACGGUGACAUUUGAUCUCUUUUGGUCACUUUGCAAAGUUGUGUUGGAAGUUCUUGCGGGGUUCCACAGGGUCGGCCUCUAAAGCCGCUGAAGUCCAAAAGCUCAAACCUGGGUGAUUGUUUACCUCUUAAUCCUCUGCCUUUCAGUUAAUGAUACAUCAUUUCUUAUCUUGCUUUGCACUUCACCUGAUCUUAAAGCAGAAGAUGCUGAUGUACGAGCGAGCUAGCGUGUUGAGUCACGUGAUCCUCCUCAAACAUGCUGCCAACCAAAGAUGUUUCCAAUCAACAUGCACUUUGCACAAUGGUGGAAGGCUGAGAUGGAUGAAGGCCGGAUGGACGCCGAGGAGUGUGUGACAGGAUAGUCCCGCCUCCUCACGUCCGACAGUUGGUUGUUCAAAUGUUCUGUUUUGUUUUGUAGCCAAAGUGCACUGACCUGCUCUGCUUGUCCACGUCUCCAUGGAACAUUUCACCACAGUCUUAUGUUCUUCCAAUGUCUGUGGCAUUUUCAACUGCAGCUUGGAAAUCAAUUAAAGAUUAAUAUUUUGUUGUU